AUGAAGGAUGAAGGGGCCGACUCAAGAACAGCCAGUAGUAGUGGAAGUGAUUGUCCAAAAGGCUUCAACUACGACGUGUUCUUGAGUUUUCGAGGUCCCGAUACUCGGGAUGGAUUUGCAGAUCGCCUCCACGAGUCCCUGACCUAUUCAGGGUUCCGGGGUUUUAUGGACGACAAAGAAAUCCGACAGGACGAGGAGAUUGGGUGGAAGAUUCUGCAAGCAAUAGAGGACUCCAAGAUCUGCAUACCCAUCUUUUCCACCAGAUAUGCUUCGAGUAGAUGGUGCCUCCGCGAGCUCGCACACAUGAUGGAGUGUGCAUAUUCAGAUUCUUCUGGAGGACCAACAGGGCAUGAGAUGCUUCCAAUAUUCUACAACGUGGAACCCUCGGAUCUUAAGCUCGAAACAAAACUGUACGGAGACGCUUUAAGAAAGCAUGAGAAGGAACAAGGCCGGCAUGUAGUGAAGCCUUGGAAGGAGGCUUUAAGAGAGGUUGCUAAAAUCAAAGGAUGGAAGGUUAAAGGCCAACGCCUCGGCAAAGUCAUUCAAGAUAUCAAGCAAGAGUUUUCUAGUAGGAUGAUAACACGAGAGAGAAAUGGUCAUGAUGAUUUGGUUGGAUUAACGGACAGAGUAGAAGACCUUAAGAAGUUGUUAGAUCCCACUUGUGCUGAUAUCCGAGUUGUCGUAAUUUACAGCAUGGGUCGCAUCGGAAAGACAACUCUUGCCAACGUAGUCUAUAAUGAACUCUCUCCUCUAUUUCAAGGUCGGUGCUUUCUUCGUGAUGUUCAAGAAUCAUCAUCCCAAUUCGAUGGCAUUGUAAAAUUGCAAAAGAAAUUACUGUGGGACCUUUUCAACCUCACACGUCCAAAGACCUUUGACAUAGACGAAGGAGUAAAUAUGAUAAAACAUAGACUACCUAACAAAAGAGUCUUGAUCGUUCUCGAUGAUGUGGAUGAUGGUGAUCAACUCAUGCAAUUGGCAGCAAAACCCGAUUGGUUUUGUCCAAGAAGUAGGAUCAUUAUUACGACCAGAGACACUAGUGUAAUACCUACAACCAAGGUGGAAGGGUUAGAAGAAAGUGUCUUAACGCAGCCCAUAAAGAUUUCCCCUUAUGAAAUGAAGGAGUUACAUUAUGAUCAUGCUCUACAACAUUUUAGCAAGCAUGCCUUUAGCACAGAUUCACAUUUGCGUGAUUUUGAAGAUCUUUCAAGAAAAGUUGUAGCUACAACCAGAGGACUCCCUUUGGCUCUAGAGGGAACUGAUAAUGUAGUAGCGCUUGCACUAUUGGGAUCUAGACACAACUUUAAUCAUGAAGACUUCGUAGAUCUUUCGAAAAUAAGGUUCCUUGAAUUGGACGGCGGAAACUUCACUGGAGAUUUUGAGAAUAUGUUUCCAAAGUUAAGAUGGCUUUGUUGGCGCCACUGCCCUUCAAAACUUCAGGCAAACAACUUUUUGCUGAAGAGCCUAGUUAUUCUCAAGCUUUCGAGUAAUAUUAUCAUAGACGAAUGGAGCAGAUGGGUCCAAAUCAUGAUGGGAAGUCAACUGAAGGUAUUAAAUCUCAAAGGUAGCAAAUUUCUAACUAGAACACCAGACUUCAUUGGAUGCUUGAAUUUAGAAAGAUUGAUUAUCAGAGAUUGUGAGAAUUUGAAUGAAAUUGAUGGCUCAAUUAGAAACUUGGAGCAAAUCAAGUGCUUGAAGAUCAAAUGGUGUCCUCAUCUAAAAGAUUUGCCCGAGGAAAUUGGUUGUCUAUCUUCCCUGAGAGAGCUCAUCUUAAUUCAGUGCCAAUAUGUUCGUAAUUUGCCACCUUGGGUUGGUAAUCUUAAAGUUCUGUCAAGGCUAGUGAUGGAAGGUCUAGGACUUGAUAGACUUCCUCAGGAAAUAUCAGAGCUAGUGGAUCUUAAGUACUUGUCUUUAAUGAAUUGCACAGGGCUAGAAGAGCUUCCAUUCACGAUAGGAAUGUUGAAAUCAUUGGCAGAGUUGGAUUUGUCCGGCACAUCGAUUGUAGCGGUAAAGAUUAACACUUGUGCCAUAAGAUUCAAACUGGAAAAGAACAUUGGAAGAUUCACCAGUUAUAUGAGUGCUCAAAGACCAGAAUCAUAUGCCGACAUUAUGAGCAAGGGGGAGCUUGGAUCUUCUUUGAGACUCUCCGAAUAUUCUAUUGACUUGCUUAUGAAGUGCGAGAUAAUUCAAACAGAGUACGAGGUUAAUCUCCACUAUUUGCCAAGUUGCAUCAGACAGAUCUCUGUCCCAACAAUAUUUCAUGCUCCAAAGACAAGACUUGCAUCACCAGAGAUUGUUCAUGAGGACGAUCCUCUUGGCAUGACGAUCAUUCUAUCACCCGACUCAUUUGGAGAAGUUGAAAAUCUGAUUCCCAGCCUUGCUUCCAUGUUGGACAGAAUGAGGGCAACGAGUUUUUAUUUUGUAGGCAACUUAAAAGUUCGUUGA